AUGGCUCCUCGAUAUGUCAGGUUUUUCUGCAAGUUUUUCUUCUUGUUAAAUUUUAAAGUUAUUCUCGGUGUAGAUCUACCGCAGUUAUCUGCGAUUUUGUCCCAGGAAGCUGUCAGUACCAGGGAUGAGACUGGGUCUCUUGUUUUGACCGCUGGGACAAACCAACGAAUUGUGCUAGUCGGGAGCAACUUUGCCAACACAAGCAGAAUAGCUUUCACGACCGAUGUUCGUUCGCAGAGGGAAACAUGUGAUGGACAGAGAUCACAGACUUUUGCAAUACUUUCUAUUGCACAAAAUGGGACGUUGGCAACUGUUAUAGUUAAUUUACCUCUUCCAGAAAAUGGAAAAACGUACUAUCACGUAUGCUAUUCUGUGGAAGGAGUAGAGAAAUGGGAACAUGGAGGAAAGGAAACGUUGACUCGUUUUGCUGUCAAGGAUAAGGAGACCACACUUCUCCCUCUGUGGCUACAAAUUAUUUUUAUUUGUUUCUUGUUAACACUUUCAGGUUUAUUCAGUGGAUUAAAUUUAGGUUUAAUGGCAUUAGAUAAAACUGAACUGAAGCUUAUUGCAAAAUGUGGAUCAAGUUCAGAGAAAAAGUAUGCAAAAGCUAUUGAACCUGUGCGUAAGAGGGGAAAUUUCCUUCUUUGUACACUUUUAUUGGGAAACGUGCUUGUCAACAACUCUCUUACUAUAUUGUUAGAUGACCUCUCUAAUGGUUUGUAUGCUGUUAUUGGUGCAACCUUGGGCAUUGUAAUAUGUGGUGAAAUUAUACCUCAAGCCAUAUGUUCUAGACAUGGACUAGCUGUAGGAGCUCGGACCAUUUGGAUUACAAGGCUUUUUAUGUUGCUGACCUUUCCUCUUUCUUUUCCAAUAAGUUUGUUAUUAGACAAAAUCCUUGGGGAGGAAAUUGGAAAUGUGUAUGAUAGAGCAAAGCUAUCAGAGCUGGUGAAAGUGACAAAAGAGUUCAAUGAUCUUAAGAAUGAUGAAGUUAAUAUCAUAUCAGGGGCAUUAGACUUGUCAAAAAAGUCUGUCACCGAAGUUAUGACAAAGAUUGAAGAUGUUUUCAUGCUUGACAUCAAUAGCAUAUUAGACUUUGAAACUGUGUCAGAAAUAAUGAAACGUGGAUAUACACGUAUUCCUAUUUAUGAGGGUGAGCAAGGAAAUAUAGUAGCCCUUCUUAACAUCAAAGAUUUGGCAUUGAUUGAUCCUGAUGAUAAAACACCAAUACGAACUGUGAUCAAAUUUUAUCAGCAUCCACUCAUUUUUGUGUUUGAUGAUCAGAAACUUGACACCAUGCUGCACGAAUUCCGUCAAGGUCACUCCCAUAUGGCAAUAGUAAGGAGGGUUAAUAAUGAAGGAGACGGGGAUCCUUACUACGAAACCCUGGGUGUUUUAACUUUGGAGGAUGUCAUCGAGGAAAUCAUCCAAUCAGAGAUCAUAGAUGAAACAGAUAUCAUAAUUGACAACAGGAAGAAGACCAGAAGGACUUUGGCGAAGCAAGACUUCAGUGUGUUCAACACAUCGGAGACCAACUCUAUACUUAUUUCUCCUCAGCUGGCCUUGGCUGCAUUCAGAUUCUUGUCAACUUCUGUUGAACUGUUCAAAGAAGAAUUUGUGUCAGAGAAUGUGUUGAAGAAACUGAUUCGUCAAAAUGUUGUUGAAGAGAUUGUCAAGAAAGAGAACUCUGAUCAAUACCUGUUCAGGGAGAAUGUGCCCUGUGAUUACUUUAUACUGCUUCUGCAAGGUAAUGUAGAGGUGACUGUCGGUAAAGAAGGACUGCGGUUUGUCACUGGAGCAUUCUCUUAUUAUGGCAGUCAAGCAUUGAAGAUCACUGACAACUCUCUGAUUUACCCAAGCAGUACUGAGAGCCUGUAUAGUAAGGUAGAGCCCUACAUACCAGAUUUCUCAGUCAGGGUGGAGUCAAACCUACUAUUUGUCAGAGUAAGGCGUGCUCAGUAUAUUGCAGCUAGACGGGCAACCAUGAUGGGCAAAGCCAAUGUCAAGAGUGAGGAUGAAGCCUUUGCCAAAGAGUGGCACAAGGCAAAAAUCUUGUCCAACCUGUCUAAUAAUGACAACCACCAUCUUAACAACAGUCGUAAUCCGGAUAAAAUGAGGAGGGCUUCUAGUUUAUCUGUUCCAUUCACCAAUCAGAUACAAACCAGAACUGAGUCUGGUGAAUGGAGAGUCCACAAUUCAACAGAUGGAGGAAUUAUCAUCCACAACGUGUCAGGUGACCCGGAUAAGAUUGAAACUAGGGAAAGGUCUGCUACAGAACCUAAUGAGAAUGAUUUAGCCCUUCAGUGUCUGGAGCCCAAAGUAAGUUCUGGAGACAGCGGUGAUAGUUUGGGAUGGGAGGAUGCAAAAUCUGACAAUGAAGGCCACCCAGAACAACAUGAACAAACCCCCUUAAUAACAAGCACCUGUAAAGUCAGUGAUAGAGAUCAAGAGUCUUCAUGACACAAAUUUCGUAAACCAUUGACAACAGAGUAAUACCGAGGUUCUGCUGCUAUUUUUCUUUCUUGUUUUUAAAAUUUUCUAAUUCCGAAAAAAAACAUGCAUAUAUGAAAACAUUUAGACAUUGUUUUGUUAUUUCUAGUAUUGAUGAAUAUCGUUAUGUUUUAAUGACGCUUUUCAAUACUUACUGUUUGACUGAUCAAUGUUUUGAAGUAGAGAUAUUUAACAUAUUUAGCCAAUAGGCCUAGCAUGUCAGUUUUCUGUAUAAAAGCAUAUCAUGCAUUUGUUAUCAAGGAUGUGCACUAACAAUAUCUUUUUGUGAAAUAAAAUGUCAAGGAAUGUUACUCAUUUUGUACUCAUAAUUUAUAACAAGGAAAUACAUUUUAGGUGGCUUGCAUUGUGUAGAACUUGUUUGUUUGCAUUUUCUGAUUAAAAACAGGCAAUGCAUGAUAGUACUCUAUUAUCUUGUUAUUUGUUUAUUAUUGCAUUAUAAGUAAGGUCACAAUGCUUUGGGAUUUUUGUGUGUGUUUCACCAUUGUAGCUAGGUCACAAAAGUUUAAAGGUUUCUGAAAUGUCCUUUGACAACCUUAAUCAUUAUCAAUGUAGUAUUAUUUUCUAAUCAAACUUAUUGAUAAUUGUUUGAAAACUUUGAAAUUUAGAAGAGAAGGAAUUUUUUUUUAUCUCAAAAGUUCUCUUUUUUUUAACUGUUAAGACAAUUCUAGGAGUUUUAUGCAAAUCUAUGUAUGUUACAUAUUUUGUUAUUGUUCACUGUGUUUUCUUUGUGUUUCUAUUGUGCUGUUCAGUUUUUUCAGAAAUCACAUGUUUAAGUCAAUGAUAUUACACAUACAAACAUGAACAUGUAAUAUAGUGACUGUGUAGUACACUGGAUGUGGCAUUACUUAUGUGUGAUGUUGAGUAUGGAAGUGAUUAUUCUAAUAUACAUUGUCUUGUGAAAUACCCAGUAUUAUAUGAAACUAUUUGAGUGUUCAACAACUGUAUAAGUUAACAAUUUGAAACCUUUAUCUGUUUUUAUGUUGUUAGCACAGAGUAAUUUUUACCUCACCUGAACAAAAGUAUUCAGUGAGCUUUUCUGGUUAUCUGUUGUCUGUCUGUCCAUCUGUUAACUUUUUGCAUUUUGACCUCUUCUCCAGAACUACUGGGCCAAUUUCAACCAAACGUGCCACAAAGCAUCCUUAGAUGAAGGGAAUUCAAGUUUCUUCAACUGAAGAGCCAUAUUCGCUUGAAAGGGAGAUUAUCAAGAAAAUUACAUCAUAACGUCUUGGGGCUAGGUAUUCGGAAACAUUUCUCAAGGGAAAUAAAAAGGGAAUUUUUAUUUUUCAAAAAUCUGAUGAAAAUCUGAUGAAAGUAGGGCCAAGGAGACGAAGGUGAGCAUUGUGGCUUCAUGAGUCUUUUGCAUUUACACGAAACUCCCUUUCCAAGCACUCUCUGGAAAAAGUGCACUGAACAAAUGCAAUCAGUUAUGAAUGAGCAAUUAUAUUUACAAACUCAAGCAGAGUAAAUUAUCUUUGAGGGCAAAUGUUUGAUGAUAUAUGUUGUGUCUCUUUGCGUUAUAUUUUUCACAGUUUUGUAGUUUAUCGUCUCUGAUAUUAGUUUGUUAUUUGCCAGUAAUUUGUAUAGUUUAUAUUGUCUCUUGACAUUCCAUACAAGAAAGGUUUUGUGCAGAGUAAAUUGUUUCAUGUUUUCAUGUGUAUCCUCUUUGAACAAUGUAUUUUGUAUAAUUUGUGAUUUGGAAAAAAAAAAAUAGAGAUACAUGUAGUUUAUAAAUAUAGCAAAACUUUUUUUUCUAAGUUUAUAGAAGUAAUAUAUUUUAUGGAAAUGGUUUUUUGCUGUUUUAGAAGAUAAAAGUACUCAUAAACAAAUUUAAA